AUGCCGGGAACACCGACUCAUGUGCUCUUUGAGAGCGCUGCAGGCCUUGCAUUGUUCAAGGUGGAUCAGUCAGAGAGCAUCGGCUCACAGACGAAGCAGGUGCAGGAGGCGCUUGCGGACCUGCAGGCGUUCGGCAAAAUGGUCAGGCUCGUGAGUUUCAGCCCUUUUACGAGUGCUCCGGAGGCGUUGCAAGGAUGCUUGGAUAUCUCCGAGGGCAUUGUGGACGACCAUUUGCGCUCGCUGCUCACGCUUAACCUGCGCCCGGAGGGCAAGAAAGUGAAGGGCAUCGAGCUUGGCGUGGCGGACCGCAACCUCGCCAGCUCGAUCGUGUCCGACACUGGCAUUCCUUGCGACACCGGCGAGACCUCGCAGGAGCUAAUCCGUGGCGUGCGCCUUCAUGCAGACAAAAUGCUCAAGGGUAUGAUGCCUGGUGAUCUCGAGCGUGCUCAGCUGGGUCUCGGUCACUCGUAUUCGCGCUCCAAGGUCAAGUUCAACGUGAACCGCAGCGACAAUAUGAUUAUCCAGGCAAUUGCACUGCUCGAUACACUCGACAAGGAUGUGAAUACAUUUGCCAUGCGUGUGCGCGAGUGGUACGGUUGGCACUUUCCAGAGUUGGUCCGUCUCGUGCCGGAUAAUAUUACGUAUGCGCGCCUCGCGCGCUUCGUCAAGGCCAAGGAAGAACUAUCGGAGGACAAGUUGGAGGAGAUGACCGAGAUCCUUGAAGGCGAUGAAAUUGCAGCGCAAAACAUCCUGGAUGCGGGGCGUGCGAGUAUGGGCACCGAGAUUGGAGAGUUGGACAUGAUCAACAUCGAGAACUUUGCCGAUAGAGUCGUGCAUUUGGCUACAUAUCGCAAGCAGAUGCACGCUUACCUUGUGGAGAAGAUGCACCUUGUCGCGCCGAACCUUUCUGCACUCAUUGGUGAGGUGAUCGGCGCACGCCUUAUUUCGCACGCUGGCUCGCUGACAAACCUGGCCAAGUAUCCGGCGUCCACGGUACAGAUUCUCGGGGCGGAAAAGGCGCUUUUCCGUGCGCUCAAGACAAAAGGAAACACGCCCAAAUACGGUUUGAUUUACCACGCAUCUGCUAUUGCGCGCGCCGCUCCGAAGAACAAGGGGCGCAUGUCGCGCUUCCUUGCCAACAAGAUUAGCAUUGCUUCUCGCAUCGACUGCUUCUCUGAGAUGCCGACGACCAAGUUUGGCGAGGUUCUUCACCAGCAGGUGGAAGAACGUCUCGAGUUUUACGAGACUGGUAAGCCCACGGGCAAGAACAGCGAUGCGAUGCACAAGGCGAUUAUGGCUAUGGAAGAGGAGGCUGGCGAUUUGAUGGAUGUCGAAGCUGAGGUAGACGAUGACGAUGACAGCGACAGCGACGACGACAGCGAGCCUGCAGCGCCCAUAAAGUCAAAGGAGAAGAGCAAGGCGUCCAAGAAGGACAAGAAAGAAAAGAAGUCCAAGAAGUCCAAGAGCAAGAGCAAGGACAAGGACAAGGCCAGCAAUGUAGAAAAGGCUGCAAAGAAGGCUGCAAAGAAGGCCAAGUCCAGCUCAAAGGACAAGGACAAGAAGAAGUGA